AUGAGCAUCACCGCCUGGACUGACGAAGAUGUUCGAGCGUCCCUCGUCCCCCAGAACGAGUUCCCUAGCUGCUCCUAUCGUCGAGGAACUCGACUAGGACGAGGCGCGUGUGCCACCGUCUAUAAGAUCCUGAAUGUCAAAACCGGAAGCCUAUUCGCCGGCAAGGUCUCUCCUGAGAAUUACGAUCACCUACGAGAGGAAGCCAGAAACUUGGCUAGAUUGAAUCAUCCCCAAAUCGUCAAGUUCGUCGAAUACUGUGAGGACAAGCAUAAUCCAGCCGCCAAUGUCCUUGUCAUGGAGCUCUGUGCUGGGGGUAGUCUUCAAGACAGAAUUCAUGACAACCCCAGAGGCUUCAAAGGUGAAGAGACCUUGCAAGUCAUGCUCCAGGUUGGGCAGGCCGUGGAGUAUCUGCAUGAGAAGGGACUCUUUCACACCGACAUUAAGCCGCGUAACAUCAUUGUUCGAUCCUGGUCCCCAGUUGAUGUUGUCCUCGGCGACUGUGCUGAGGUUAUGAAGGUCCAGCAUAUUGACCCAAUGAAACGACCGUACGGAACCCGGUCCUACUGGUCGCCCUACAUGGAGAGAUACGGCAGAAAUUCCGGCAAGAGCGACGACAUCUGGGCACUCGGGAUCUCACUUCUCGGGAUGAUGGCCCAGUGGCCUCGUUGUCUUGUGAAGCAAGAAAAGCAAUAUCCCAAAAAGUGCUCCAACCACGCACACGAGUUGCAUAAGCGAAAUCAUGGCGAUGACCGUUUGCAGAUCCUGCUGCGCCUGCUGGAGUGGGAUCAUAACAAGCGGAUCACCGCUUCCGAGCUGGUGAAGCUGGUGACUGAGCGUCUGGAGGCUGGCCCCUACUUUGUCGAGGAGCUGAAGUCUCCUGAGGGCUUCCAGCCUUUGGUGUUUUGGUAG